AUGAAUGCAAGGGUGGCACUGCAACCUUACAGCGUUCCACGACAGCACGCAUAUCCGUCGUCACAAAAUCUGCUGAACCUGGACUGCAGCGCAGACUUGAAGUCGUACAGACGGGACCUCGGCCCCGGCGUCCAAGCAAAAUGCUUUGAGAAGACGAGCGAUACGAUACGAGCGCAGCUGGACGACCAUCGAGCCUUUCUGCUGCGGCAUCGAAAGAGCGGACAGGCUUCUAGGUUCCCUAGUCCUGUUCCACGUCUUGAGGUCCUCCAGUCGUAUACCGUGCCCAGCAACAAUGCCGUUCCACCACAGUUGACGGUACCUAACAACAACUAUCACACUGCAUCCCAGCCCCGACCGCUUCAGAUCCUUUCGCAACCGCACGCGCCCCUGCAGACGUCUCCUGCUCGACCCGAGAGCCCUGUGCCUGGGAACAUAGGCACAUACCCAAUAGGCCUUCGACAGGCAUUGGAGCGUUGCAAUCGGUACGGAGAUCGUCAUGAAGCAGGACGCGUUCACGAAGUCAUCGUACGCAUUACCAGAGAGAGAAUGCCAACCACACAAGACGUAGUCGGAGUGUACGAGAGUCUACAGGACGCGAACAUGAAGGCCGCAAAUAUCUUCUUGUUCGACGGACACUACGAAUCAGGUCUUUAUCAGCCCACAUACGAAGUUGGGGAUAUGGGACAUCUCAGGUGCGCUGUCGAGACAGAUGGCUCCACGGGAGGGUACACGGAAAUUUACGUCAAGAGGGCAUCUGCCAGGCGGGCUCAGGGACCACGAAGACGAUGA